AUGCGCAGGCCGCCGAUGUCGAACGAUCUCCAUAUGUACGCACUCAACACCAAGAAGUCGGCAGCCCUUCCGGCGGGCGGUAGUGCGAGCGGCGCGGACAUCAUUCCCAAGCAGGCGCGCGAGGAUGCUUCACCUCUGGCUGGCAUUCUGCGCGGCGCCGCACUGCUGUCGCACUGGAUAACGUUCUCUUCGAGCGUCCCCGUUACCCGGCACUGCUUCCCCGAGUAUCCUGCCUGGUCAAGCCCUGACGCGUGGACCCUCUUCCCACUCCCAAGCCCUCGCAGAUCGCAAGGACCACGCAUGGGAUGCUCGUGGCAAAUCCGGCCCUCGUACGCUUCUUGUGCAGCUGCGCGUUCUUGUCAGGUCUGCCCGACUCCCGCCUCGUGUCCACCGCGACCCUUCGCGCGUGACAACGAGCUCGAUCUGGCUGCCGUGCACGGACUGAGCACGCCUGUGAAUGCGCGCAACUGGGACCGGCAAUGCAGGGGGUGUUUUGCCUGCCGCGACCUCGGACCGCUCGUAAACGGCGGACGGCGAGAACGAUUCAACUUGUCCCUCACGCGCUAUAGCCAUCGGAGCUACCUGACGCAGCAUGCAGGUGGCGUGUUCAGCGCGCAUGAACCUCGUCCCAGUACCGGUGGUAAAGUUUGUGCGCACACGGCGGACAGCAUCCACACGCACUUCGAGGUCGACCACUGGCAGAGCCAGCCGGGCGCAGGCGGCAGGCAAGUGCGCCGGAUGGACCUGACGCGCACCGUCGACGACAUCUGCAACUAUAGCACCGCGUCGUGCCCCGAGAACGUGCCGGGGCCGCAUACGCAUCGGACAACGUUCCCUGCCAAGGCGCUGGACGACGCGAAGCCGAUCGAGCAGGCGGGGCUCGUCGACGCAAUCGUCAUCUCCAGUGCACGCUUCUUCGCGCAGAACCCACCAUAUGCGGCACAUAUCAACUUCUCCGGGACGACUGAGAGGUGCAGGAAAACUCGUUGCUGA